UGCCUUUUCAUGGUCAUGGGAGUGGUUUCUGUCAAGUGGUAUAUGUGUCACCUGGAAGAACAAAGUCCAUUCCUGCUUGCUGGUCACCUUGCCUGUCUUUGCUGUUUGUGCCCAUUAAACUCAUACAGGAAGCAGCCUCUGGAUUAAUCCCCUAAGCUGCCAUGUGUGGGGUGGCCUUCCAGAUGGCCUAUGGCAAUCCCAGGGGUCAUAGGUCACCAGCUUGUGCUGUGCCACAAGAGCAAAGCCCCUUUGUGCCUCAUGGUCUCUGUGCCUGUCUUUUCUGUCUGUGCUUGUCAACUGCACACAGGGAGCAGCCUUUGGGUUAAUCUCCUGAGGUGCCAUCGGCAGGGCAGCCCUUGGAAUGGGUUAGGCCACUGGCAGGGCUCACAGGCUAGCAGCAGGUGUUCUGCCACUAGAAUAGAGCCUCUUCGUGCUUCUUCCACUCUGCACCCAUCUCUGUUGUCUGUGCCAGUCACCCGCAUGCAGGGAGCAGCCUCUGGGUUAAUCCCCUAAACUCCAUGGGUGGGGCGGCCCUCAGAAUGCCCUAGGAUACUGGUGGGAGUUGUAGGCAAGUAGUGUGUGUUUUGCCUUGAGAACAGAGCCCCUUUGUGCCUUCCAGACUCUGCACCCAUCUCCACUGUCUGCACCAGUCCAUUGCACACAGGGAGCAGCCUUUGAGUUAAUCCCCUGAACUGCCAUCGGCAUGGAGGCUGUCAGAUGGCCUAGGCCACUGGAGGGGCUGGCAGUCCUCUUGCACAUAUUUGAGAGAUUCUCUAGAGAUAUCUAUGAAUGAAAUUGCUGGAUGGAAAGGAAUUUCUCCACAUGGAUUCCGAGGAAGUGACCAUUACAGUUCGCCUCAUUCGUUCAUUUGAGUAUCAUAAUUUCAAACCUGUGGUAUAUCACGGAGUUAAUUUGGACCAAACCGUAAAGGAAUUUAUCCUAUUUCUAAAGAAAGAUGUCCCUUUAAGGACCAGUCUGCUAGCACCAUUCAGAAAUUAUAAAUAUGAUAAACUAAAGAUUAUUCAUCGAGCACAUAAAUCAAAGACAAAUGAACUCGUGUUGAGUUUGGAAGAUGAUGACAGACUACUCUUGAAAGAAGACAGCACUCUGAAAGCAGCUGGAAUUGCCAAUGAAACUGAAAUUGCAUUCUUCUGUGAAGAAGAUUAUAGGAACUACAAAGCUAAUCCCAUUUCAUCCUGGUGAAAACCUCACGGGGGCUUCCUUUUUGUAUACCUGCAUUAAGCUCUUUAUUCCACUAGUGAGUUUUGAAAUUGGCAAAUAAAUGUAAAAAGUGAAUACCCGGCUCUGCUAUUGGAGCUGAAAUCUGA